AUUUACCUCCAUUUAAUACCCACGCCUGACAAGUGACAAGGCGAAGCGCGGCUUUUGAAAUGAUUACAAAGCUAGACAGGGUACUAUUACCCAAAAAAAAAUUCAUCUAUCAUUACAAGAACAUGCGCUGGGCAAGAGGUCGAUGUGAGACAUACCUCUGCUUUGUGGUGAAGAAGCGAGUGGGACCAGACUCCCUGUCCUUUGACUUUGGACAUCUCCGCAACCGCAACAACUGUCAUGUGGAGCUGCUGUUCCUGCGCCACCUGGGAGCGUUGUGCCCUGGCCUGUGGGGUUAUGGAGUCACUGGUGAGAGAAAAGUCAGCUACUCCAUCACCUGGUUUUGCUCCUGGUCUCCCUGUGCAAACUGCUCCUUCCGACUGGCUCAGUUCCUCCACCAGACCCCCAACCUCCGCCUCAGGAUCUUUGUAUCCCGGCUUUAUUUCUGUGACUUGGAGGACAGCCGUGAAAGAGAGGGACUUAGAAUGCUGAAAAAAGCUGGCGUGCACAUCACAGUCAUGAGUUACAAAGAUUACUUUUACUGCUGGCAGACCUUUGUGGCAAAAAGUCAAAGCAAGUUCAAGCCGUGGGAUGGGCUGCACCAAAACUGUAUCCGGCUGACAAGGAAACUCAACCGCAUACUUCAGCCAUGUGAGACAGAAGAUUUAAGAGAUGCCUUCAGGCUUCUUGGACUGUGAAAUAUUUUCCUGACUCCCUCUGGUGCUCCCAUUACGCAUUAUUAUCCCAUUACAAAAGAGAGAAUUAAA